AUGCGUUGGAUUCUGAUUUUGACGGCCUUUUGGCGUCUGGCCAAUUCGCAGCCCGCUGAACUGUACCCCAGCAUCGAUCCGAACCAUUUCGGAGCAGGUGAGAGAAUCUUUUCAAGUUUAGAAUCGAAAAAAUUUAUUGUUUCGCUGAACAGAAAAUUUCCUGGAAAAUAGCCGUAAAGGUUGCAUUUUUUGCGCUCCAUUGAGAAAUUUUAGAAAUCACGAAAAUCAAAAGCUAUAAUGACUUUUUUUCAAUGCGAAAAUGGUCGAUUUUUAAAAAAAUAAGAAUGAGUUUAUAUAACCAUAGGGCGCAAAAAUCCAAUUUCUUAUUUAUUUCUCAAUCUUUUUCGUCAAUAACUCUUUUUCUUGGCUGUCCGAAUUUUCCCGCUUUCUUGAGUUGGAAAAUUGGCGAGAAUCCGGGUUUUUUACAAUUUUUGAAGGGUUUUUGAUUUUUUAGAGAACUCGAGGAGAAUUAAUAAUUGUGCUUUUUUUCAAUAUUUUUUUAAAGGUUUUUCUGACGUAAUCUCUCAAAAAAAUAUGACUAUUUUUCUCAUGAAGAUGUAUCAAAAAGUGUAUAAACUAUUUUUGAAGAUUUUUUUCGAGGUUAAAUUAUAGCGAGUUAGACUUACUUUUUCUGAAGAACUCUGUAGAAUUUGGGCUUAUUUUAUUCGAGUUUUUUGACCUUUUUCACUAAUAAUUCCGUAUAAAAUGAGCAGACGGAAGUCCGUGCUACGACAGACAAACCCGGUUGCCUCAAAGAUGCGUACCGGAUUUCAUCAACGCCGCCUUCAACUUGCGGGUCGAAGUCACGAACACGUGUGGGGAACGGUAUCCGACAAGGUGAUCUAUUUGCGAUUUUGCCUUCUGAACCGAUUGUUCAAGUUUUUUUAUUUUUAGUUUUUGGAAAAAAACGUGGGCUUCAAGGGUUGGAGAUUGACAAACUUUCAGCCAUUUUUCAGAAGUCUUGAUAAGAUUUUUUAUGGUAUACUUUGAAAAAUUUCAUGAAUCUCGCAAAAUUUUUAGUGGCCACUAUAGAGGCCCGCCAAGGACUACUUGGAGAGAACGCUGAAGUGGCCCCUAUUUCCCUCUAUUUAGUGGCCACUUCAGUAGUUUUUCAUCCAGUAUUCCUUCCAGUAACUCUGAUAAUUUUAAAACAAACAGAUUGGAGUAGUUAUGUUGAUCCAUUGACCCCUAAAGUGACCACUAAAGUUUUUUUUUGUCUAGUAGUAGCAUUUAGACCUUUAUAGUGGCCACAAAUUUUCAACUUCUUAAGUGACCACUAAUUUGACUACUAUAUUAGCCAUUAAAACCUCAAAACCCUAUAGUGGCGACUAAAAAUUUUCGGAGAAGGUCAAAAAAAAAUAAGCUAGAAAAAUCGUGCAAAUAAAUAUUUUUGGAAAAUGAAUCACGUCGUUCAUCAAUUUCGUAUAUAAAUUUUUUUCUGAAUUUUUUUCUGUAAAUGAUAAGGAGUUUCGGAUAUUUUUUUCAUAGGGAGAAAUCAUUUUUGAAUUCGUUUUUAGCGAUGGGGCACACAUGCACAACAAAAAAACGGCUUUUUUUGGUGGUUUUCCUCGAAAAAAAUGACUUUUUUUAAAAAUUUCCUUCGAGAAGUAUGCUUCAAAUCAAUGUAAUCUACUUCAUUUACAUUUUCUUAGAGACUUUCAGUCAGUCUCAAUACUAAAGAAAAUCUAGCUUUAUUUGAAAAAAUAAUUUAAAACAAAAGCUUGACAAUAACUUUACUAGACAUAAAUUACGGUUUGAGUUAUUUGUUUUAAGAGGGUAUGUUUUGCGCUUAGUGUUAGCUCGAAUGUCAUUGGGGUUCUAUGGUCGCACUUGGAAUGAACCGCAACGCGACCGCGACACUUGAGGCCAUUCUAAGUGCGACCGAAACUUUUUGCUGCAUUUUCUUGACAAAAUUUCUUUUUUCUUCAACUUAUUGAUCAAUUCCUUCAGAUUCUGUGUCCAAUCGGGCCACACCGGACAGAGGAGCGUCUGUGAAACUUGCGACGCCCGACAUCCGGUUUUUCGGGAUUUUCAGGCUAUUCAUCAAUUUUUAUUGAUUACAGGUACUUUCUCAUCCGGCUCGCUACCUGACGGACUUUAAUAACGCGAAUAACGAGACCUGGUGGCAGUCGGAGACGAUGAACGAAGGCCUUCAGUUCCCGACCAGCGUCAAUUUGACCCUGACCUUGGGUUAGAAGCUUCUAGACCAGAAAGAUGAUCUUUUUUGGAGAAAUUCUUGGUUUUUAUAGUUCAUUUUUCUCGACUCGAAAUGGCUUGAUAAUCCUGAGCGGAUCUAAAAAGCGAAAUUUUUUGAAUAGGCGCCAAAAAAGCCGUUUGUCGUUUCAAGCCGAGAGAAAAUGGAUUACUGAAUUUUUAAGUAUCGAUUGGGUUGGAAGGACUUUUCAUGAAGUGUUAUGUCCGAAAUUACCCCUUACGAGUUGAGAAAAAUGAAUUUAUCAAAUUGGUGGUCUUUUGUAGAAAAAAGAAUAGGAGAAACUAAAGAAGAAGAGAUCAGCGGCGGCCUGAAGAGACGCCAGACGGCGAGAUUGCUCUCACUUCUCUGGCGUCUCUUCAGAUAGCAAUUGACCUCUCCCUUCCGCUUUUUAUCGCUGUUUUUAAAGAAAAUUCGGUAAAAAAGAAAUAUUUUGCCUUGGUUAAUUUUUUGAAGGUCUCGAAAUUCCAAACCUUUUCGGGAUUUUCGACCAUUUUGAGAUUUUAGAGAGAAAAAGAACCAAUGGAAACACGGAGUAACUUUUUUUUUACCUAAAAACUAAUAAAAUUCAUUUUGCAGGAAAAACCUUCGAUAUAACCUAUGUUAGGUUGAAAUUUAUCUCACCUCGACCGGAGUCCUUUGUGAUCUACAAGAAAACAGAUCCGGAAGACGACUGGACUCCUUGGCAAUUUUAUUCGUCAGUUUAUCGGAACAACAAGUCAAUUAUUCAAAAGCUUCCAGUGGAUCUUGCCGCGCAACUUAUGGAAUUCCUGAAAAAUCUCCGAUUCUUCCCGGAAAUGAAGCUGUUGCGCAGUGUACCAAGGUUAACUCGUAGUACUGAAAAAAAAAAGAAAGAAAUUCUAUUUUUCACAACUUUUGGGCUACUGUAGCUAUAAAAACGUUCAUACACGAGGCUUCACGGACAAUGCAUUUUAUUCGACGACGCUUCCCAUUUUGAUUUAAUUUUUCCUUUUUUUUGCUUGUUAUAACUAUUUCGAGUGUUUUAUUGUCAUAUUAUUGAUUUUCAGGAAUUUUCUGACAUUUCCCCGAUCACUGGCGGAAAUAUUGCGUUUUUCUACGCUCGAAAAUCGGCCAUCUGCUCACGAUUUUUGAAAAAUUCCAACGUUCUUCAGGUUUUUCUUUAAGUUCCAAAUAAAAAAAUUUGUGUUUCAUGAUUUUCCCUGUAAAAUAUUUUUUUAAAUUGAAUUUUUUUCAGGAAUGGGUCACAGCAUCUGCGAUCAAAGUUGUGUUGAAUCGAAUGAACACUUUUGGUGAUGAGGUUGGAUUUUUUUUUUGGGUUUAUCCUUUUUAGCGUUAUUUGGAGUUGGUAAAUUGAAAAGAAGGAGCCUUCUGAAGUUUUUGAAAAUUUCGGGUCCAAUUUGAAAUUAUGUAAUAACGUUAUUUUAAUUUCAAAACGAUUGAAUCGAAAAAGAGCCUGUAAUUUUCAUAAGCAAUUUGAAAUAAAAACAAUUAAUUGGAAGUGUUCCGGUUUUUUUUUCAUUGAGAUGACAGACUAUUGUUAAAUCGAAAAUUUUAUCCCUUUUACUUAUUGAAUGAAACGUAUGCGACUCGGGCGGCCUUGCAUUCUCGCCUCGUUAUUUUUCGAAAUUAUGAAAGAUUUAAGAAUUUCAAAAGCUUUUUUCAAUUGCCAAAGAAAAAUAUAUGGAAUUUUUUGUUUGUAAAUCGAUUUGUUGGUUUUUUCUGCCCUUGAAAAGCUGCCAAAAAUUGAAAAAAAAGGUUGUUAACUACCUGUUUGUACAGGAAUUCACACGAAAAGUUUCCUGGUUUUUUGUUUGUUUUUUUCUUUCUUGAGUUGAAUUUUGAAAUUUGCGGUUAAAAGUAGAAUGGCUAGAAGCGCCGCAGUUAGCAGAUCCAUGCCGAGAUGCGAAAGUCGUUUUUGGUCGGGCGCGACACUCUGAGUCAUUUAAAAUGCUAUCAAGCGCUUCAAAAUAAAAGCCAAAUAGAGAAUACUUCGUGUAGAGAAACUGAAGACUUCAUAAAAAAAAAAUAUAUAUCUGAAAAAAUGAUAAAUAAAAAGGGUUAUCUAACGAAAUCAAGCCAUUUUCAACUUUAACUUCUAAAGAAGUGGCUCAAAAAUACCAGUAGAAGAUACAUGCCGCGAAAGUCGUUUUUUUGGUCGGAUGCGAGUUGAAAAACGCCUUUGAGCCAAUCAACCAUGCGCCUUUAAAUUAGAAUUAAUCCAGAAUAUUUUCCAUAAAAUUAACUGAAUGACUUUCAUAGAAAAUAUAUAAAACCCAAAAUUUUGAAAGAUGAAAUGGUUUUUUCUAAUAGAAGUCAAGCCUGAGAAGGAUUUCAAUUUGAUUCAAAUUAAUUCUUUCAAAAAUAAAAAUAUUUGUAGGUUUUCGGCGACCCCCAAGUGCUGAGAAGCUAUUAUUACGCGAUAUCUGACUUUGCUGUUGGUGGCAGGUUUGAUAAGAAAAUGUAUUCAUCAGAACUACAUUUUGAACGAUAACUUUUAGAUGCAAAUGCAAUGGACACGCGUCGGAAUGCGUCGGUUCUUCGAGCGUUUCCGGGGAAAAUCGGCUCGUUUGCCGUUGUGAACACAAUACUCAAGGUUUUCAGAGGGGAAUUGCAAAAUAUAGAGAGUAAAUAAAAUAAUUUUUGUAAGAAUGAUAAAAAUUGAAUAGCUAAUUUAUGAAAUUUAUGAAAGCUAAUAGGUAAAUUUCAGAAAAUAAUUAAAAUUAAAUAGCGAAUUUUGCAGAAAAAUAAUAAAAAAAUAAACAGCUACACUUUUUAAAAUCAUUUAAAAAAAUAAAAUUUUUGAAAAAAAAAUCAAGAUUAAAUAAAGAAUUUCAGAUAAGUUUAAUUAAUUUUACUAGUGUAAAUAAUAAGAUUUAAAGUCACCUAAAAAAAUGAAAAUGAGACGGACAAAAAAAUUUUGAAUUUUUUUCAAAAAAAUAAUUGAUCUUUUUUUAAAAUUUUAUUCUGAUGAAAUUGUGAAAAGUGAGAAAAAAAUUUACCGUAGUGAAUAAUUUUUUUAUUGGAGUUUUUUUAACGGGGACAGUGGGGGGGAUCAUCAAAUAAAUGGAAAAUUUGAUUUUUUUAUAAAGAGGCGGUAGCGGGAAAAAGUAUUUAAAACUUUGCCGUGUUCAAAUUAAUUCCUCGAAAUUCAAAAUAGAGAAAGAAAAAAAGAUAACUAAGAUUUUGGAGAGUCAGAGAUAAUUUUUGCAUUUCACGGAAAUGACUUUGAACACGCUUUAGAAAGCAACCUGAUUUCAAAAAAAUCACAAAAAGAUGAUCAUUUUAGAAAGAAACAAAUAAUAGCCCGGAGAAGUUUUUAAGAAGUUUAAUCUCAAAUCAGAAGGAGUUUAAUAAAGAGAUUUUUGUAAUAAAGAUUUUUGGGGACAUUUAAAUUUUUUCGAACUACCGUAAUCCCGGGAAAUUUCGGUUUUUUUGGGGGUCACCUUCUUUAAAAAUUUUAGACCUGAAACGGCUGUGCGUUUUUGAUUAUUUUUCACAAUUCUAAUCCUUUUUUUCCUCAAUUUUUGAAUGAAACAAUUGAUUUUAUCAUUUUCAAGGAGCCGAUUGCAACGAAUGCCUGCCAUUUUAUAACGAUAGGCCCUGGAAAGCCGGAACCGCAAAUGAAGCCAAUGAAUGCGUUGGUUCGUUUUUUUAUAAAUUUGGAAUGGAUUCUAAAUGAUAUAAACUCACAUCCAAACAUCAUUUCACCCUUCACCCAAAGUUUCUAAAAAAAAAAAUGAUUGAUCGAUUUACCUCGUAACGAAUUUUUCGCCUCUAUUCCUCCAAGACGCAGCUAAUUUUUAUUUUUACUUUGCGUUUCACCUUUUUUUUUCUCUACAUUUGGAUUGUAGACUGACGGAGUUCAAAUUGACCUUUGAAGAAACUAUUAUUAAUAAUAAUUCUUCAUUUUCCAGCUUGCAACUGCUCGGAACUCUCGAACCGUUGCUAUUUCGACCAGCAACUUUUCGAGAAAACCGGCCACGGCGGCCAUUGUGUCGACUGCCAGGGCAAUACUCAGGUUCGUUUUGAAAAGAAUGGAGAUUUUAUCAAUAAAAUCGAUUUUCAUAAUUUUCACAAGAAAAACUGACAUUAUUUUCAGGAAAACGAAUUUUUUCAUACCAGAUUGGUUCGAAAAGUUAUAAGAAAUAAAAAUUUUUCAAUAAUAUUGGUUUAUUUUUAUGAUUUUCAUUUGAGAAAAUCGACAGUAGUUUCAGAAAAAUAGGUUUUUUUCUCAUGAAUUUCGGCUUUCAUGGCAUUUUUUUGGUUUUUGGUGUUUUCUACCGAAUUUCAAGCUUGAUUCAUGCAUAAAACUCAGGUUUUAUUCGAAAAUUUGAAAGAAAAAGAGUUUUUUUUUUCAAUAAAGAGGUUCACUAUUUGGGUUUUCAUUCGCAAAAUCGACAGGAGUUUAAGAAAAAGGCUUGUUUUCAAAAAAUUACGGCUUUUUAUGGAAUAUUUCAGAGUUUUUAAAUAACUUUUAAGCUGAUUUGGUUUAUACAGAACACUCAGGAUGGUUUUAAGAGAAAAAUAAGGGUUUCAAAGCAUUUUCUAGCGUUUAUAACUGUGUUAGAAGCAGUUUUGAUUCAUUAAAAAGAAGAUUUUAGGGAGUUCACUGCGAAGAAUGUGUGGCGAACUUCUGGAGACGCCCGCGGGAGAAUUUCUGCAUUUCUUGCGGUUGUAAUGAGGUAUCUCAAUCAUGAAUAUUUCAACUCAAAAUUUUUCCAAUUUAUUAUUUUUUUCGUCGUACCAAAAAAAUUGAGAAAAAAAUUCGUCUUUUUCUGUACAUUAUCUAGCUUUUUCAAUAUGGAAAAAUCAUUUUUUUUUAUUUAUCUACGGGGUGUGAUGAGGCUUAACAGAGAUUUCCUUCAGAUAAAAAAAGUUUUUUUCAUAAUUUUAUUGACUUCAAGGACAUUUUUUUAUACCCGUUGUGUAUACCUGAUAAUUUUUACAAUCCUUGCAAGCUCAGAAAAGGAGAACUUUUUCAAAAAGCUCAAAAAGUGGUUCUCAGAUCGGUUCUCUGAGUUCCCAAUGCGACGCCGAAGGGCAGUGUAAAUGCAAGCCGGGAGUCGGGGGACGAUACUGUGACCAGUGUCUCGACGGCUUCUUCGAGUUCGGACUCAACGGCUGCAGGUGCAGUUCUAGAGACUUUUCCCAGGAACCUUGACAUUCUUUUCAAAAAAAAAUUCGAUAUUAUAUUUGACUUUUUCAUAUUUUCCACUGUCUUACGGAAAUUUAAAACGCUGGUUGAACCAUUGGCAACUAAAAAACUAAAUUAGUCCAGGAGGAAGGGCUUAAUCACGAAUAUUUGGGAAGAAAAGUGGUAGAAGAUCUUUUUAGUCUUGAAGAAUAUAAAAAAAAGGAUUUUUAACUUCAGGUUACGGUAUUGACUCUCUAAUAAAUGAAAUUUCUAACAGCUCAUUUUGAUCCACAACGAACUCUGCAGAUCUUUAAGAAAAAACAUACGAAAAAUUUAGUUAAACCAGUCAAUUUUCAAAGUUUUGGCGUGAGGGCUAUGUGAAAAUUUGAAACUGUUCCAAGUCGAGAUCGUUUUGGAAAAAAUUAUUAGAAAAUUGAACUUGAGAGAGCGAUCGAAAUGUAUUUUGACCUCAACUCGAAUCUAAGGACAAAAUGGCCAAUUUUUAAAAAUUUCUAGACCGAGAACGGUUCUUUAUUUGAAAAUCACUCGGAAGGAGGUUUUGAUCUGCUUAUGUAUGAACAAGACAUAUAGCUGAUUCAAGGCGGGCUUGAUUCAACAAAAAAAAUGGGUCCUGACACGAUUAAAAAAGUGACAGUGCCUGGUUUGUGGAGUGCGCAGACAGGCCACGCCCCCUUAGCGUCCUAAUCCAUUUGUGAAUCAGUUGUGAACCUAAUAAUGUUGUGAAUCAGUUAUAUAAUAACUUUUAAGUUUUCUAGAAACUGUAACUGUGAAGCUGCCGGCUCUGUGGACAAUCAGCCGCGUUGCGACCGCGCCACGGGAACCUGCGCCUGCAAAUCAAACGUCGAAGGUCGUCAGUGCAACAAGUGCAAGCCCGGCUACUUUGAUCUGUCCAAAGAUAAUCAGGUUUUUCUAGUCGAAACGUUUUCAUGAUCUUAUUGAAAAAAAACUAAUCAGGAAAGUCAUUUCACUUUGAGAUUGGAAGCCGACUAGCAUGUUCCCUAUAGGGACCAUUUUUCCAAGCUUUAGGGACGACUAUAGGGAAGCUAAAGUGGUCCCCAGGGGGUCUUUAAAGACUCAUAAGACUUUCCCUAUAGGGACCACUAAAGGGGAGCUGAAAUGAACUCUAGGGGGUCUUCAAGGGGCUCCUAAGGAUUUCCGUGUAGGGACCAAUUUUGCAAGCUUUAAGAAACACUAAAAGGGAUCAUUAGAGAGGUCGUUUCAAGGUCUCCUAAAGCUUUCCCUAUCAAGAUCACUUUUGCAAGCUUCAGGGACUGAAAUAGGUGGGGCUGGAGUGAUCCCUAGGGGGUUCUUUGAAAGCUCUCAAGGCUUUGACUAUAGGGGCCACUUUUCGAAGCUUUAAGGGCCACUAUAGGGGAAACUAAAGUGAUUCCUAGUGGGUCUUCAAGAGCUCUAAGGAUUUCCCUGUAGGGACCACUUUCUCAACCUUCAGAGACUGAAAUGGGUGGGGCUGGAGUGAUCUCUAGGGGGUCUUUAAGGUCUCCUAAAGCUUCCCCUAUAAGGACCACUUUUGCAAGCUUUAGGGACUACUGUAGGGGACCUAAAGUGGUCUCUAGGGGGUCGUGAAAAGCUCCUAAGGCUUCCGGCUUUCUCCGACUUUCAUAGGUUUUUCUCCCCAAAAACUAGAUUUGUCCAGGUUGGAGUUUUUUUUUGUCUGGUAUUGUAGGAUUAUUCUGACCAAUUACCAGCAUAUUCCGCAAAGCAAAGUUAAAAAAAACCUUCCUUUUUUGUGAGAAAUAUUUGAUUUUCUAGGCCGGCUGCACGCCUUGCUUCUGCUACGGCCACUCUUCGAUUUGCUCCACGGCUGAUGGAUAUUUCGCCAGAAAUGUUUCCAGCCGAUUCGAUGGUGAUAAGGAAAAAUGGACGGCGAUUUCGAGGCUCGGCGUCAAGGAUACUCAAUGGGCGGAGCUUGAUAAAGCUGUUGCGGUGAGAAAUCGGGCAGUUUUGGGGAGGAAUAUGGAUGUAUUAUAACUGAGUUUUGAGCAAAAAAGGAUUGAGAGUCCAAGCGAUUUGUUCAAGUGAUUAUAAAUUCAUUCCUGUUAUAACUUUUUAACCUUUUCCGGAAGCUGAUAAAUGCUGUAAAAAAAUAUUUUUUUAACGAUUGAAGGCCAAAUUUAGCGAUUCGAAAAAAAUUAGAAAAAAAUGAAAAAAACGGUUCUUCAAAUUUUUUUGAAAUAGAGAAGGAGGCCAAUUUCGUUCAUAAUUUUAAAAAAAUUAUCAAGAUCUAAAAAAAGAUCCCUUAGUCAGCUGACUGCACAAAGUUCUAGUUUUUGAGAUAAAUGACUCUUCAAAUUCGCGAAAUAUGUAAGCCUAAAUUUUUCAAUAGAUAUCAACUAUAAGCCUUAAUUUUCUCUGAAGUAUAGAUUUUAUGCCCAAAUUUUCCAGUAAGAAUUAAUUUUAGGCCUGAAUUUUCAAUAAAAAACGAGGGAUUCACGCCUAAAUUUCCUAAUAAAUGAGGUUUUUAAGUCUAACUUUCCGAACUUUAAAAAUUAUUAGCUUGAAAAUGAGAAGUGUCAACUGGUAGAAAAUGUGCCUAUCUUCCUCUAGACUUUCGCCGAAUGUUUUAGAAAACUUUCAAAAACUAUAAAUUGCAAAAAGUGACCUCCCUUGCAAGUAACAACUCCUUUAUUCGUAGGUCUCCGACACGGAAAACCUCCCGGUCUACUUUGUGGCCCCGGAACAGUUCACCGGAGACCAAAGGUCCAGUUAUAACCAAGACCUCGUCUUCACUUUGAAAGUCGCCAAACAUCCCACCAACCAGGACGUUAGGUUUGAAAAUCCGAAUAAAAGGAUUAGACGACGAUUUCUGGUUUCAGCGACGUCGUGAUCGUCGGGGCGGACCGUCAGGAGCUGUCGACUUCUAUCACUUCUCAAGGGAAUCCGAUGCCGAGCACGGAUCCCAAGGUUGAACAUUGUUUUUGUUUGGAAUAGCUAAUCGUGAUUUUUCCUGUCAAAAAUAUUCGUUGCUCAUAUCACAAAAAUACUCAUUGCUCAUAUUGCUUCAUUGAGAUCUUAGGGGCGAAGCUUGAAUAACGACUUGACAUUCAAAAUCUGAACACUAGAACGAUUGUUUUACCCUUGUUACGAAAAAUCAAGGUUACGAUUUGGAAAAUUCUAGACCUUUUUUAGACGCAUUGCUCAUUUUAGCGCCCAAAUACUCAGCUUAGCAGAUAGAUGUUGACAAGAAACUGCUCACUUUGAUAGUUUUUUGCUCAUCUCAUAGUUUUUUCAGGCCUUUUAAAGGGUUUUUCCUCUUUUAAGCUUACCCAGAAGCUUCCUUGGGAUUUAUCUUAUGAUAUAUUGCUCAUUUUUGCUAAUUAUAGUACUUUGGGGCUAAUUUUCGACAAGAAAAAUGUUUUCCUUGAAUUGAAAAUUCGAAUAGAGAGUUGUUAAUCAGAAAUUGCUCACUUUGCUCAUCUUAUCUCAUUAUGAUUGUUUUUCAGCGUUUUACAGUGUUUUUAGUUUUUUUUUUUUGGUCCCACCUUACACCGCUCAUGUUAGCUCAUUAUAAUCUUUUGGUGCAGAUUUUAGACUUUUGGUUUUUAAGCUCGAUUAAGAACGACCUUUUCAUUAGCUCGAAAUUCAAAAGAACCAAAAGAAAAUCCAACUUUAAGACUUACCGGUUCCGUCUCCACGCUGACCAUUCCUAUAACUGGCAUCCGAAAAUCAAUGAACUCGAUUUCAUCGGAAUCCUCUCCAAUGUCACCGCGAUCAAGAUCCGCGGAACUUAUUCCUAUCGAGGUUUUUGGUUGAUUAGAAAAUCGAAUCUCGAAAAAAUGAAAUCAGAUAUUGGCUAUUUGUCGAGUGUGGACCUUGGCACGGCUGGAAUCGUUGCUUCGGCGACAAAUCCAAAAACGGCGACUUGGAUCGAGCAUUGCGAUUGCCUGCCUGGGUGAGGAUUACAGGGGGAACAAAUGGAAACUUCUGAAAUUUAAGAAAAAAACGGAAAAAAAUUCAAGAUCGAUGGUCAGGUAUUUAAAAAAAUGAAGAAAAAAAUAGUUAGAUCCUUUUUGAUGAUAAAGGGGCAUAUUGAAUAAAGGGAAGACUAGAAUAACCGAGCCUAAAAAAACGAUAAUAAUAAUAAUAAUAAUUAAAAAAACCAGAAAAAUUUUUUUGGGCCGAUGUUUGAAACGUUCUAACCUGUAUAUUUUUCUCUUUUUGACAGUUAAGUUGAAAAAUUGAAUGAGUAAAAUAUCAAAAACUUAUUUUUUUGAUAACAAAGUUGUAAGUUGAGUAAAGGAAAGGUUUGAUUAUUCAGCCCAAAAAAAGAAGUUCUACUGAAAUGAGUUGAAAAUAACAGUUAGGAAGCUUUUCUUGAAGUUAAGAUUUGAAAAUUCUGACCUGUCUGCACUCUCCUUUCCCUCAUCGAUAGAGUCCGAAAAAUAGUAAGCAAACUGGAGAGAGCGCAGAGAAAUCAGAGAUUUCUAAGUUAUGAUGAUUGGCUCGGGAAUUGUUUAAAAAAUGUAGCUCCAGAAAUUUUUGCCUGAAAUGGACCUUUUUUCCAAGAAGUUCGUGUUUUUUGGGUCUAGAAUUCAGUUUUUCGAAAGUUAACUGUAAAAAUAAACCUUCAAUGAAAGCGAAAUAUUCAUCAGCAUCCCUAGACGGCUACUAUGAUCUCAAAAAUCUCAAUAUGCAUAUACGUGUAUUUUAUCAACUGUGAUAUCUAAUGUAUUCCCUUUCCGGUGAAGUCACUCGUGAGGGUGACCUAAAACCGGUUCUUAACCUUAUUUAUUCUUUUCACUUUGUGGAUGAGUAAAUUAUUAUUAUUAUUAUUAAAAUAAAUCUGAGAGAAAGCCUUCAUAUUAAAUAUUUCUACCAAGAAUUUGCUCUCUACUGAUAACUAGCUUAAAAUUCUCUGUAUUUUCACCUUUCCUCCUUUUUUGUUUGAAAGCUUUGAAAUGUAUCAUGUUACUGUUUUGUAUCUUAUUUAGAAGCAAAAUCUGAGUUUUUGAAUUGUUUCUGUCAUCCCUUGUUUUAAUCAGAUUCGUCGGUCAAUUCUGCGAAUCUUGUGCUCCCGGCUUUCGUCGCGAGACCAAAUACGGCGGUCCCUUCAAUCGCUGUGUGAAAUGCGACUGUCACGGACAUUCGGACAGUUGUGAGGCGGAAAGCGGUGAGGAAUCGGGUCUCGAACAGAAAUUGAAGAGAUUUUAAUGUUAUUCCCGUUUCUGAGGAACAAUUUUCAGAAGGAAUAUACGAUUUUUCUUUUAGUCUACUUAAAACAGAGAUAAGUUAAAUUUUUAUAAAAUACGUAAAAGGUUCAUUUACAAAAAAAUCAACAAUUUUUUUCUUUUUCUCUUAUUCAAGCGUUAAGAAUUUUUUUGCUUAAAAUUUUUCUCCACAUUUUUUUGUCUUUGGGCCUAACUCUUGAAAUCCAUUUUUUUAAAGAUUAAGAAUAAAAGCUUUGAAGGCGCCUGCAUUUGUGAGGAUAACACAGCCGGGGACACUUGUGAACGCUGUGCUCGUGGAUUUUACGGGGACGCUUUCAAAGGAACUCCCGAUGAUUGUCAGGUUUGCAAAAGAUGUUGUGGAGUACAAGCAGCUCUACGACAAUGGCGGUUUUCAUUUUCCGAGGAGUACUGUAUGAAAAGUCCGCACUUGGGCGUGUUUGCACACUUUGAGUGGCCCCUUUUUACCCUGCUUUUUCCAAUAGUUCAGAAUUAGUAGUUGACAUAUUUCAAUCAUAUCCUAUAGGUGGAAUACACUCGAAUAAAAUUUAAAAGAAAAAUGGAAAAAGUCUGCAUACACAGAACAUGCUAUACAUGCUAAAUGCGGACUUUUACAUACAGUACUUUUCGAAAAAAAACUUUAAAAAAUCGCUAUUGUCGUAGCAUCGUAUGAAUAGCUUUAAGAGAAGAAUUCUCAUUGGCUUCCUGGCCUGGUUUAAAAAUCUUUCUUCCGUUUUUUUUUUCCAAAAAAUUAUUUUUCCAAUCAUAUUAAUAUUAUUGCACGGAAAUUCAUACAAACGAAAAAAUAAAUUUCCUGAUUUUCAGGAAUGCCCCUGUCCAGAAAAUGGACCUUGUAUUCUUCACACUGAUGGCGAUAUUGUAUGUACUGAAUGUCCCAAUGGAUACACUGGAAGAAGGUCUUUUUUUUGAAAAAAGAGAAAGUAAUAGAAUGAAAUCGAUAAGAUGAGUUACUUUGAAGCUCGAAAUGACCUGUAGUUUCUAUUUUUGGCAAUUCUCAUCGUGUUUUUCAGAUUAAGCAGCAUCUUUUUAGUCUAAAGAUGUUCGAAAUUAUUUGAUUUUGUCUCAUAAUAGAAAAAGGCUCUUUUUCGAAAACUACUCAUUUUUCCAUUUUUCAUGGGUUUUUGAGUUCAAAUACUUUACAUAAAAAGCUCUGAAUAGGAAGUGAAAAUUUAAAAAAGCCAUUUUAUGUUUUAUGCCUUGAUUUAUUCAUUCAUUCUGAGACAAUUCGACCACUUUUGAUUUCAAACAUUCCCAGGUGCGAAGAAUGUUCCGACGGCUAUUUUGGAAGCCCCAAAAAUGGGGCCGAAUGUAAGGAAUGCGCUUGUUCGGGCAAUAUCGAUCCUAACUCGAUCGGCAAUUGUGAUAGGUUUCCCUUGCUCGAAAACUUGAUUUUAAUCAAGAUGAAUGAUCUUCAGAAUCACCGGAGAAUGCAGAAAGUGCGUGUACAAUACGGACGGAUUCAACUGCGAGAAGUGUCGGGCCGGAUUCUGGGGCGACGCUUUGAAAGAGCCCAAGGGGAAUUGUCAGGCUUGCGGGUGAGAACAGAGAAAAAAAACGAUUUCAUGAUCGCGAGAGUGACGCGAUACCGCGAGCAAAAUCGCUCACCUCUCGCUGCGGCAUCGCAAACUCCUCGCGUUUAUUCGCUGUCUAAAAUGCUUCUCUGAAUGACAAAAAAAGAACAACACAGUAUUAUAAACGCGGGAGACGCGAUACCGCGAGCGAUAUCGCUCAUCUCUCGCAGCGAUAUCGCUAAUUUCUCACAUUAAAUCGCUCUCUGAAGUUUUUGAUUUCGAUCGAUUUCUUUUUCGAAAAAUAUAAGGAAAGUUCUGUAUCUCACUAAUCUCACUAAAAGCUUGGAAAUAGUCAAACUCCUGUUCAACACGCUGGCCCUGUUACUUCGAAUCCAAUGUAUAGCUUGAAUGGAAGACGCUUCAAAGAUUCGGAUUAGCGGACCCGACGUUCAUAGUCUCACACGAAUUACUUAAUGCAUCCAUUAUCUGGCAACAAAAGUCCCAGCAAAGUUGAAGUUUGUCUCGAAAAAAAUUUUUAUUAAAAAAAUAGGGAAGUGGUGCGCGGCCGUUGUUGGCAUUGGGCUCCGUCAUAUCAUCGUAGAUUUUGGACUUUACAUCCUGUAAAACUUCAGAUUAUGGAAAAAGUCAUAUUAUUUUAAAAAAUCAGGUUAUUUCUUGAAAUUUUCGGCUCUCGCAGUUUUCGCGAACAUUACAUGGGGGCGGGGAUGUUUUCUGUAUAUAAAAAACCCCGCUUUGAAGCUAAACUGAUACAUGUAUCCUGAUUCUGAAACACUAUUCGACUCUGUUACUCGUUGAAACGCAAAAGUACGCUUUUUUGACAUUUGAGAGUACCUUCACCUCUAAAACUCACAGGGUCAGAUUUCCAAGGUUUUAGUAACUCUCUUUAAGUACCAAAGGAAAAGCUCUGUUCUGCGCGUUUAAAGCUACUGUAGAUAGUAAAUCCUUCCCGAAUUGUAAGGCAAGGAAGGCGGAGCAGGGGCGGGACGCGUAGCUUGUGCGUACGCGGUUCUUGGCGCGAGUCCAAUUCAAGAGCCGCUCUUUUUGUAGCUAUUCUAUUAUUUUUCAAUUCACAAAAGAAAAAAAAUGAUCAAGAGUUGAAAAAUGAAUGAAAAGAGCGAUAAACGAGCUCUCCAAAUAGUCGCUGGACCUAGAAUUGAACUCGUGCCGAGAACCACGUCCCGCCCCCUUCUCCGCCUCCCUCACUUUUCAAAUCAGGAAAAAUUGACUAUAUUCAAGAAGCAUUUGGUAACUUUCAACCAGUCACUUAAACCAUUUGAUGAAGACUGCCAUUUGUUUCUAAACAACUAGGCCGGUUAAAACUGGGAAAAGAGAUCCGUGGUUCCUACCCUGGAACGAAACUAAAGAGACUUCUAGUUCUUAUGAAAGUGUUACGAGGCUACUUCACAAUAAUAGCAUUUUCCACGAAGUGAGAGUUAUACCUUCAACUGUUCUCGACUCCUUCUUCUUUCCCGUCGCGCCUACCAUCUCGUCGAAGAAUUGCUGCCUCCCUCGGUGGAUAGAGCAGCUAAGAAUAAGCUCCGAGGGACUUGACUCGUCGCGUUGAUUUUUUUUUUCUCUUAUCUCGAAAGUUCAUCUCAGUUGUUUUUCCACGUUAGAAAGGACUUAUUUCGGUUCAUCAUUAUCUUUUGACGUUGCUUUAUCGUUUUAAGGAAGAAAUACUGUGUUCUAGUGCAAAAAAAGUUAUCGGGCUACCUUUUUCUGUAGUUUUUUACUCGUCCAAUCUUUUUUAGCCGCGAAACGCGCGAUUUAAUGGCUUUAACUUUGUUUAUAUUAGGUAUUUUUCCAAGAUUCCUUUUUUCAAACGUUGUAGGGAACAUGAGCUACACAACCAUAUGAAAUAAUUGAAAUCCAAUGGUUUCUGGAAAACCGCCUGGGGUCCUUUUUUAGUUUUCUUUGUCUUUCUUAUAGCCUGACUAGACCCUGAAUUUUUGUCAAACAUAAAAACGUCCCCUAUGGAGCAUUUUUUUAUAGAAAGUUGAGAGUUGAAGGUGGAUUUGAUCCCCUUUUUUAAUGUCACAUUUUUUUGGGAUCUUUUUGAGGAAUUAUAUAAUUUUUUUAAAAAGUUUUUUUAUUUGCUGGGCAUGAUUCUGUGUCAGAAGCAAGCUUUGAAACUUAUUAUCCCAAAAACCAGAAAAAAAGUCCUUGUUUAGAUAUUUGGAGGUAUUCAAGAAAAAUUUCAGCUUCCCGGGCCCAUACAUCGGCUGGAUCCCAACCCAGCCAUUUGCGCGAAAAGAAAUUUGAAAGGUGCUGAGAUAGGCCGCACUUUUCGGGGCAGGCUGCGGUUUGAGGGGGGUAGGCCGCACCCCGGGGUGGGAUCCAGUCGACGUAUGCUCGAGCCUUUAGAUUUUCUCUCCUCAGUCCUGAAAAGAAGAUUUUUAGGUGUUUUGCCCCUGGCACCAAGCGACCCAACAACGACUACAACCUCCUGGAAUGUCGCCAAUCCGAUGGCCAAUGUGACUGUCUUCCCAAUGUUGCUGGACUUCAAUGCGACGAGUGCGCGGUUUCGGAAGAUUGUUGACUUUUCGAACCAAAAUUGGAUGCUUCAGCGCGGCUUCUACAACAUCUCUUCGGGAAUCGGCUGUCAGGCCUGCGACUGCGACCUUCUCGGCUCGGAAAACGAGACUUGCGAUCUCUCCACCGGACAGUGCAACUGCAAGCCUGGAGUGACGGGGAAACGGUAAGAAUCGGGUUGAAAAUCGAAGGAAAUUUGACAAAAAGACGACUAAAUCUCUUUUUUUGCGCACUAAUGAGGAACGCCGGAGAGUUCCCUAUAGUGUCCUAGGAGGUCCCCCUCUAGGAACAACCCUAACUCCCCCUAUAGGGGCCACUAAAGCUUGCAAAAGGGGCCCCUCUAGUGGUUUUAUUUAGAUGUCCCUGUAGAUCAUUCUAUAGCAGUUUAGAAGUAGAAGCAUUUCCAUGCGAAAAGCUCAAUAAAUUACCGUCAUUUGAAUGAAGGGAAAACUAUCUACACAGUGUUUUUACCUUCAUAAUCAAAAUCAUAAAAAGGAUAAAAACUCCUAUAGGGACUACUUGAGCUUUACGGGCUCACAGGUCAGACUCUUAACUCCUAGAGGGAUCACUUCAAUUCUGCAACCCUUUUGAAAAUGUUAAAGUAGCGGUGAAUGAACUUUAAUUGAUUAUUUUUUUCAGAUGCUUUUAAAAUUUGAUUUUUGGAAGUUUUUAGCCAAUAGAAAGUGUGUCCAUUUUCGGAUGCUGGACUUUAAUAUCGGAUUUUUUUUUUCUGCUCUGCCAGCUCAAGUUUUUUGAUCAAAUUUACGAUAUAUCAACUAAAAUUCGCGAAAUCCAACAAUAUGAAGAAAGAAUUAUUUCCCAGAUUCCUGAAUAUUUUCAGAUGCGACCAAUGCUCGCCCUACCAUUUCGGCUUCAGUGUCAAUGGGUGCCAAUUUUGCGACUGCGAAUCGAUUGGAAGUGAAAGCGCUCAGUGCGAUGUGGUCACUGGUGCUUUUUUCGUCAUAUUUCCAAAUUCUGAACAAAGUUGUCAAAAAAAAAAGGAGUUGGAGAAGAAGAAAAAAAGCUUCCUUCUUAAAAAAAAAGCAUUUCUUAACUACUUUUGAGAUCAAUCCUUAGAAACAGAAUAAAUAUUGAAAAAAAAAACGAUUUUUUCAAGAGAAAGUCUUCUACCUUCCAUGUACAUAUUUACAUUUACAGAAAAAAGUCAUAUCACUUUUUUUGUCUGCGGAAAAUUGGCCAGAGAACUUAUUGAAGUACUAAAUGAAGCUCCUGGAAGCUCCAACUUGCACAAAUUUUUAGUUUUCGAGAAAAGUCGCCUGAGGGUCAAAGAAACCUCUUUUUUUGCCACUGUCUUUCGUUUAAAAAAAAGUUUCAUUCGAUUUGAACGACGGAGAAAAAAGUUACAUUUUUUUUUGGUGUUUUCCCUACCGUAAUCCUAAAAAGGGGCGGAGCUGCUUUUAGUAGUUGUUUUCUGCAGAAAAAUCCUUGAAAAUUUCGAUAUUCUCAGGCCAAUGCCUUUGCCGGCAAAACGUCGAAGGAAGACGAUGUGACCAAUGCGUCGAGAAUCGGUACGGAAUCGUCUCCGGCUGUCUUCCGUGCGAUGAUUGUUACGGAUUGAUUCAGGUCUGGUGUUGAAAAAUAAAUUGGGAAAGGAAGAAAUUUAAAAAAAGGUAUUCAAAAUGCCUCAGGAGAAGCUCAGAAAAAAAUAAAAUAAUUUGAAAAAACUUAUAUAAGGCGCCAAAAAGUAAUGAAGCGAAAAAUAUCAGAUUUUUGAGAAAAUAAAUUUUCUAUUUUUUUGCCGUAUUUUUCUAGAUUUUUGAGGUUAUUUCUGUGUUUUAUAUAGUUUUUUAAUAUCGUUCACAAAUAACUUACGUUGUAAUAUUUUCCAUCAUUUUAAGGACAAUUUAUCCAUAGAGCGCACAAGUUUCAGCUUCUCAAGGCAAUUUUUGUAUAGUCUGUUCAGAUUUUGAAUGUCAAGUGCAAUGACGUCAUUCAAAAAAACUCUGUGGAUGGCUCGCUCUGUGGUUGGUUUAUCGCACCAAUAGGGGCGGAGCUUGAGCGACGACUUGACCAAAAUCUGAACAGACUAUAGUCUAGACACAUUUUCUUUUACUGGAGCAGAUUAAUGUACAGAAAUCGUCCAUAAUUUUUUUGUUGAAUGAACUUUAUUGCUUAAAUUUUUGAUUUCUGUGGAGUUUUACCUUGAAAUUUUCAUUUUCCUGACAAAUUAUCCGUAGAGCGUACAAGUUUGAGCUUCUCGAUUUUUUGGGCUCCAACCAUUUCAAUGAGAUUCAUUCCAAUGUGUACCUUGCUUUCUUAGAACUUUUCUUCAGGACAAAAAUUCAAAAAAAUAUUUUCCAGACGCGAGUGAACGCUUUCCGAGGAACACUUAAGGGUUUGGACGCGGCUCUCAAAGAAAUUAUUGAAAAUCCGGCCCCGGUAAUUUUCCUCCUUGAAAUUUCCUUUAAAAAAAAAUACUUUUUCAAGAAAAACGACGCGAUUUUCGACGAUCACGUGAAGAAGGUUGCGUUUGAAGUGACGCUUCUACAAGAAACUGUCACGAAAAAAUUGGGUUUCAGAGAUUUUUUCGAGCUCAAAAAUGCUCGCAUUUUCCAGAGUCUGGCGAGACGCCAAUCGUCGGGAAAAUGGCCGAGUUGAGGAAAGAACUGGCCGAAGCCCUCGCUGGAGUCAAUGGCAUCGAUGAAUUCGUGAAAACUGCCAAGGAGGAUGAUGAAACCGUCAGGACCGGCCUGAGGAGAUGGGCCCUUGUUAGCGGUGAUUUUUACAGUUUUAUUUUGGUUCACUGUUUCAAAGGGAGUGUAAUAUCAAGUUGAAGUGGGGUCAAAAUGUUUUUGUGCAAGCGGUUUGAAAAAAGUUUAAUCUUGGAAAUGAUUUUGGCACGUCGAUUAGUUUCACAAAAAAAAACGAAAUUUCGUUUUUUGUGGUUAGGCGCCUUUAAAUUUGAGUGAAGAAGUUAGAAAAAGAAAUUUUUCUCAGUUAAUAGUUUGAUGAAUAAGUUGAAAAAAACAUAUUUUAUCAUCUUAAAAUAAUUUUUUUACUCAAUUUGAUGAUUCUCAGAACCGGCUUGAGAAGUUGGGCCCUUGUCAGCAAUGAUUUUUUUGGGUUUUUCUUGUGUUUUUGCAGUCAAAUAAAAUGAAGUGAAAAAAAUAUAGGAAUUUUACUCGUUUUUUUAAAAUUGAAGUUGAACGAUAUGGCAUCACGAUAAUUCUUCUUUUCUCUUCGAAAAUUAGCGUCGAGAUCUCCUGAUUCAAGCUGUCGAUGCGCCUUUAAAUUUAACAACAGAAUUUGGAAGAGAUUUCAUUUUUUCGCGAGAAGAUGGGCUCUUGUUAGCGGUGGUUUUGGGGUUUUAUUAUUGUUCACUGUAGCAAAGUGAGUAUAAAAUGAAAUUGAAGUAGGCUCAAAGUGUUCAAUUGAUUGUUGUGGCUUCAAAAAUUUUAGAAUUGGAAAUGCUUUUUAAUAAUAAGUCUGUUCAGAUUUUUAAUGUCAAGUGCGAUGACGUCAUUCAAAAACACUCUGUGGAUGGCUCGCUCUCUGAUUGGCUUAUCGGGUCAUUAGGGGCGGAGCUUUAGAAGCGACUUGACCUUUGAAAUCUGAACAGACUAUAAAACGUCGUUAUAAACUUUGAUCGUAAGCUUAGGAAAAAUUUGUAUAGGCUGUGUAUGCGCCUUUAAACUUGACGGCAAAAGUCGAAAAAAAAAUUGAUUUUUUUAGUUAAAAAAAUUUAAUGAAACGAUGGUAAACUUUUUGAAUUGAAAAAUAUAUUUUUUUAUCAUGAUUUGUCUUCGAUUUCAUUUUUGUGAGACCAGUUGGAAAAGAUAAGCGAGUUUUAUUGCUUGUUUUUCGAGUUUUCGCGAAGUUUACUGUAGCAAAUUUAGCAUAAAAUUAGGUAAAGAAGGUAGGAAGGUUAGUCGUAUAUAUCUGGAAAAACUUAUCGAUAUCGAAAUUAAUUUGAACGAUAUGAAGUCAUGAUAACUCGUUAAAGUCAACUUUUUUCUCUACCCAAAAUAGUCAAAAUAUCUUGGUUAGUGCUGUCGAUGCGCCUUUAAAGGACGCAAGUUAUGAGAGGGCUAAUAUUUUUUUCAAAGAAAAAAAGAUAGAUCAGAGGAGUUUUCAUCAAUUUAGAGACAAUUUAAAAAAAGAAGGAGAAGUUAUGAGUCUGAAGAAUGAAAAAAAUUUUUUUGUUUUUUUCUGAAGCCCAGUUAACUGUUUCAUCAAUUUCAUGAAGACAAAAUUUUUUGUUAUCAAGAAUUAAUGUGUGAAAGCAUUUAUAGUUACUAAAUCUAGAUAGAGUCUCCCCUGUUGAGAGAAAUCAAUAGAUUUUCAAUUUAAUCUCUUCAAAAUGUCUUUUUUGCUUCAACAACUAUAAUAUUUUCCCUUGAAUUUCAUACGAAAAUAUGUUCGAAUUAAUUAUUUCCAGCCGACGCUAGAAGUGAACUAGAAAAUGCGCUGCAUUACUUGUUGGAAGAAGGUGCAAAACACUCGGAGUUGGCCAUUUCGGCCAGCAAAAAGUACGGAGAGCAGAGUGAACAGGUUUGUGAGGCGUUGCGGUUGCGUCGCGGCUGGAUUUUUUUCUUUUAAAGGAAAGUAUUUUUUUAGAGUUCACUAGUUAUUAUAAAUCUGACAGAAGAGUUUUUGUGACAUUUUUAGCUCAUCUCACAGUUUUAGUUGAAAUAUAUAUUUUCCAAAAUUCAAAAAUAUUCAAUAGAGUUUUUUCUGACUGGCAGAUUGCUGAUGCGUCGCGGCUCGGUUUUAACUUUUUUUUUAAAGAAAUUUCAAAGACACCCAACUAUUGUAAACUCAAAAGAAGGAUUUUGUGAUUUUUGUUGGAAAAACUUUGAAAAAAAAAACCUCGGCAGAUGUCGAUUUUGGCCCAAACAACUCGGGAAGAAGCUGAAAAACAGACGAAAUUGGCCGGAGAGAUCGAGGUUUUGGCUGAAACGGCAAUCAAAUCUUCGACGUUGGCACACAAGGAAGCCAGUGACGCCAUUUAUGGAGGUAUAUAAUCGAUUUUCAAAAAUCAUUUCAGGUUAAAAAAUUUAUAUGGAACUGAAUCAAUUUAACGCUUUUUUCAUCAAAAAAAAAAGAAGUUUUCAAAGAAAAAUGGUCUCAAAACGAUAACUACAGUAAUCUGGCUUUUUCAAGUUUUUUAAAAGCUUAAAUGCUCGAAAAAACGCGGAUGGAAAUGGACUCACUAAAAAGCUUAUAAUGUAAUAUUUAAGGUAAAAGCUCGAAUAAGUUUUAUUGAAAAUUUUUUUGCAAGUCCGGAAUUAAUUUUUGCCAUUUUUAAACUUUGUUAAAACAUUCAAAAAAAGAUUUUUUUGGAGGUCCUCACGCGAUUUUUGUACAGUAAUCUUACAGUAGAAUAACCGAGAAGUGAAUAGAAAUUUUUUUAAUGUUAAUUAUUUUUCUCCUGGUUUUCCAGUUUUUUUCUAUAAAUUUUUUUCCUUUCGAUUCGAAAAAUAUAAAAAUAAAUUUACAUUUAAAUAAAUUUUUUUGAAAUUAAAUUUUUGUUUCAGGAGAACAACUUUCGAAGCAGAUUACUGAACUGAAGGAACGCCACGUGCAGCUCAACGAUUCUCUCGUCAAGUGAAUGAUUUGUCUCAGUUUUUUUCCUGGAAAAUGAAUUGAAAAAAAUUAGUAAUUCUUGUUUUUAUAGUUAAUUCAUGACGGCUUCUUGAAGCUAUCGAAGAAGUUUAAUUGGAAUUUUUUUUAGAUUUAAAUUUACUUAAAACUCCUCGAAAAAAAUCUUGAAGCUGUAAAAAAGUUGUUCAUUCCUAUUUAAAGGGGAUUCGAUGCUGAUUUAGAAGUGAAGAUUAUUGAUUUUUCUCAUUCAGAACGCUGAUUCUAUCGGAAGAACAGAAAAAAGCGGCCGAAGAUGCGAAUAAUCUGGCGGCGCUGUCUCUGACCAACGUCGAUGGAGUCCGACUUCCCUCAGUCAAUCCGAAAGAUGUACUGUUCCUGAGCUCAUUGGUCUAUACAAAGAAUCGCUUUUUCCCCCUUAACAGUUCAAAAAAACGUAAUAUUUAUGAAUUUAUUUGUCUCAACUUUUUUUCUAAAAAUCUAUAAAAAUUUGUUUUUUUCCAAUAUCCAAAAUUAUUUUUUUCUUCUUUUUCUUUGCCAUACAUACAGUAGGUUUUUUCUUGGAAAAAUUAAAGGCGUUACAAUUUUGAUGUUAUUCGUGGAAAAAAAGUUUUUUUACUACUAUUUUCUAUAAGCUGUACUAUUUUUUAUUUUAUUUAUCUAAGAAGGAAAUAGAGUCUCAAAAAUGUACAAAAUUUGAUUUUUAUUAUUUUAUUCAUCAAAUAAGUCUUUUCGUUGUUUUUCCUAUAACUUUUUUUAUUUCCCGAAGGUAUGGGAAAAAAAUACGGGAUUAAACAGAAAGUUUCAGUUUUUUUGAGCUGUUUUGUCCGUUUUUUUGCAGACAGACUUGUUUUUAGAACUUAUAUGAAAAGGAAUUCGAGAAAAUCAUAAAUUUGCAGCUCAAAGAAGAAUCGAAGAGGAUCGCCGAGGAAGCCGCGACGAUUGUGGAAAACUCGAAGAAGGAAAAAAAGCGACGGCCAAGGCGUUGUUUGACAAGGUUUUUCGUGAAAUUUUGAUAAAGUUUCCAUAUUUUGGAGUUUUUUAAGGUUAGAAGCUCGAAAAAAAAGUCUAGAAAAAAAUUCGUGUCUAACCAGGGAGAUUAAAAAAAACUAAUGAAUGGAUUAGUUGACUUUAUCUAUCACUAAAAAAACAAAGGUAAAUAUCGAUUGAAUGAUUGAUUGAUCGAAAAAAGGAAUUUUUGAGUUUUUUGAAUGAAUCUUCUAGGAUUUUGAAGAGUUUUUGAUCCAAAUAACUCUGGAAAAAUGUUAUUUUAUCUUUUUUUUUUAAUUGAAUCUGAACCUUGAAAGUUUUUUAGGCCGAGCGAAUUGCGGCAGAGGCCAAGAAUGAACUACAAACAGUGCAGGAUCAACAGACGGUAAUUCUGGAGUCCAAGAUUGAUAAAAUCUUGAAUUACUAAAGAUUGCCGACCAAUUGAUGGCCGAUGUCGAUGUGGCGAGAGCCAAAUCGGAAGAUUCUCUCAAAUUGGCUGAAAGGACCCUGAAAGACGCCGAAGCGACCUUGGAGACUUUGAUGGGUUUGUGGAGCAAAAAUUUGAGAAAUUGAGAAACUAAUCUUUCCAUAUGGUUAAGCUGAAAUUUGGACCAAACAAAAAUAUUUAAUCGUUGUGAAAAAACGCAUGGGGCAAACUCUAUGGAACACUUAAGAGGUCCCUCAAGGACUAAUUGGACAGAACACUGAAAUAGCCACUGAAAGCACCCCUAUAGAAACUAUUAUUUUGCUUCUGAGUGACCACUUUAGUAGUUUUUGUAGUCUAGUAACAUCACUCAGACUUUUAAAGUGGCUAUUAAAACGUAAAAUCCCUAAAAUGGCCACUUAACAUUUUCUCAGGAACUAGUGUUUUUCCAAAAAUAAAUAUCGACUUUUCAGCCUUCAACGAACGGAUCGAAGCUUCCCGAAUGGUGGCCACGGAAGAACUGAAAAAACUGAAAGAGAUCAACGACAACUUGGACAAGGCGGAUGACGUCACCAAGGGGACUGAAGGAAUCUUGGGCGACGCCGUCAAGAAGGCACAGAAGGCCAAAGAACUCGCUUCUGAAGCCGGAGAUGACGUCAAGAGUGUGGAGGAGGUACGGGGAAGGCGUGAAAGAAAAAAAAUUGUUUUGGAAUUGAAAAUCAAGUUUUUCCUAAUUUAGAAAAUAAUGGAAAACCUGGGAAAGGACGAUUUUUUUGUAACUAAUCGAUUUUUUUCUGAUAAGAAAAAUAAGGAAAAAAACCUUGAAAAACAACCGUUUUUUUCAAAUCAUAAUAGAUUUUCCCUAUAAGAAAAUAAUGAGAAACCUUGGAAAUGACAGCUUUUUGAACUAAUAAGUUUUGAAAUUUAAGAAAAAUAAAUCAAGUUCCUUUGAAAAGGACAGACAGUUUUCAAAGCUAAUAAUAGAUGUUUCCGAUAAGAAAAUGAUUAAAAUCCUCGAAAGUUCUAGCUUUUUUUGAAAUAAAAAAAUCUUUUUUUCUUAUAAGAAAAAAAUAAUGAAAAAAACUUUUUGGAAAUGACCGUUUUUUUAGCUAAAAUUGUAUUUUUACCACCUCAAAAUAAUUCAAACUACGAGUCGAUAAUUAUUAUUUUUUUAAAGUUUUUUUAUUGAAACCGCUUUUUUUGAUCUAUUUACGUCGAAUAAAGGCCCAUUUUUUUGAAUGGGCGCCAAAAAGACGCAACCCGACCGCUUUGUGUGGGAUUUUAGGGAGUCUUAGUGUUUUUUUAGUUUAUUAAUUUUACACUUAGGUUUUAGGGGAUUUUUGAAGUUUUAAGUGAAAAAAAUAUGUGGACCUUAAAAUUUAACCGACACAUCUUAUUAAAAAAAUUUUAAAAAAAUUGUUAUCCUUUGAAAAUGAUUUUAGAAAUAAAGGGGAAAAACGAUUUUAUUGAUUUUUGAUUCCAGAAGGCUUCAAAUGCACGGCUAGCGGUCUUCGAGACGAAAAAGUCGGCCCUGAAUCUCAAAGGUUUCUUAUUUUAAAUUAUGGUGGUCAUACAUUUUUUUCAGAUGAAGUCGAUGCACUAAUCGAUGAGAUCACCGAGACUUCGACCAAUUUGGAUUAUUACAAGCAACAGGCUGAGGACGACCGGCAAAUGGCCACUGAGGUGCUAAUUUUCAAAACAGAAAAAAAAAAAUUCAAAAAAAUUUUGAGGCGGUUUUUUUAAUGGAACAGUUAUAGUUGAAAAUUACUGUCUCGUAUUUUUGAAUUUUUGAUCCGAAUUCCUGACAUUCAAACACGUGAUAUUGAGAAUUUUCAGAAUCAUUACUCGGAACUCUUUUUUUUUCCUUAUUUAUCUUCGUGCUAAGACCGUUUUUUAAACUCUACAUAGCAUCAGAAAAAUAGGUUCAGUUUGAGAUUUCCAUUUGAAGAUCUAAUGUUUUUUUCUCACCCAAAAAAUAAACCGUAUAUUUUUCAAUCAAACGACCUAUUCAUCUUUCAUGAAAACCUACAAUAGCCGAAUUCAUCAACCUAAUGGUUCAAUGUUGUUUUGGAUUUUACUCAACUCAACUUUGAGAAACCGGUAUCAUUUUCCAGGCAGUUAGAAAAGCGGCUCUCUCCGAGAAAACGGCCAAAGAUGCCAAUGAAACGGUCUACAAUGAAGUUGAACUCAUCAAACGGAUCAUCGACGCCUUGGGUAUUAAUUUUUUGCCUUUUUUUUUUAGGAAUUAUGAGCAAGUUCCACAUGAUAGAAAUGCAUUGAUGCAUUUUUGAAGUUCUGAGAAAAAAACUCAAAUUUUUUUUUCGAAUUUUUCUUUCAGAUAACAUGGACGAGGUGAACAACGCUGAGCUGGACGAGCUCGAAGACGAACUCGACGAGAUCGAUGAGAUCCUGGCCAAGGCCGAUCUGGAGAAGGAGGUUUAUUAUAUUCCCAAUGCCGCGCAAACUUGUCACGACUUUUCUUAAGCCUAAAAUUUCUGAUCUGAAGCGGAAUCGGCUAUGUCGAGUUCUAGAAGCGGGAAAAAAUUUGAAUAAUUUUCAGGUCAAUGCUUCCAAAAUGUACCAAGCUGAGGAUGAGAAGCGAAUCGCUCAAAUCAAGGCCGAAAUCACACUUUUACAGAAAGAGGUAAGUACUUAGGAAAAUAGCCGAAAUAUUUUUGAACUUGUGCGCUCUAUGGAUAAUCCGGACUUGACUUUUUCAACGCUUUUUUGUCCAUUUUGAAGUCUUAAUCACGAUUAUUUCGACUUUUCAUCCCAUAAAAAAAUAUUCUAGAUGGGAUGAAUGUCUGUGAACUCUAACUAGUAGAUAAUUUAAACGGAAAAAUUGGUUUUUUUCAAGAUUUUUGUACCUUUUCUGUCCUUGGUAACACCCCUAGUUGAGAAGACGUGCUAUUAAACCUUUAGACGUUCAGAAAUCCGAAAACGCUUUCAUUUGGGACUUUGGCUGAUAUUCAUCGGAGAUAUUGCUCUCUGAUCCACAGCGAAAAUAAUCUGGAAUAAUUUUCAAGCUUCUGCGCUCCAUGGCUAAUUUCCAAUUUUUUCGGAAAUCGAAGCUUUUUUUUUGUCAGGAUAAAAAUGAACAGCUGGCCUGAAAUAGCCGCUAUAUGCUUGAUCUUUUGCACCUUGUAUAGAAAUUCUUCGAAAAAGAAAUAGUCUUUGAUAUUGAAGCAGCUACUUUCCACGGCUAUUUAUGACAGGAUAAAAAAGAUUUGGGAAAAAAACGAGCAGAAAUAGCCUCGCGAAGCUGAAAUUUGUGCUUUUUAUGGAAUUUUCUAAGAAUUUCUUGGUAAUUUUAAUACCACUGACAGAACUUUUUUCGAGGAUGUUUCUGUUCAAAACCUUUUUCCACCCAUUUUUGGACUGCUAAAACUGUUUUCAGGUGCUGAACUUGGAAGAAAUCCGCGACGCCUUGCCCACCAAAUGCUUCAACGUCAUCAAUCUCGAACAAGAAGGCCAGAAAUAA